AUGAUCGUGAACCUUUCACGGAAGCUGUCGAGAAAGUUCAGGCCUGCUGGUUAUGUUCUGGCGAUUCUCUUUGCAACAUGGUCGUUGUAUGUGCUGAUGGACAUGGAGUCCGCUAUGAAUACGAACCCUUUUGCCGAUUUUGUCAACAACGAUGGUAGCGUCGACUACAGGGACAAUACCAACAGAAUACCAGACGAGUGGUGUUCCGAGCACAUGCUUGACUCUGACAUGUACAAUACCACGCACUAUACAAUCCCGUAUCAUUUAGUACGGGAGUCCCCAGCUGCUUAUGAAUACGACCCGAGGUUGACCAAUAGCGUCUAUAUGCUUCAGCUCAUGGAGAAAAGCCACUCAUUAUCUGACGUGAAGUUACCGUUUAGUUGGUACGAUUGGGUGGACCUCACGCAGCUGAACGAGUUCAUCGUGCUGGAACCACAGGCAAAACCACACUGUAAAUACCCAUGUGGUGAUACAACUGAUCUUCGAAAGAGUAGGAGAAGCCCUGCCUCUUCCAAGAGAGGAUCAAGACGUCGCCGUAAGGCUAAAGACACCGCCAUGAAAUGCGAUGACUACUGCGAAGAAGACGUUUCCAGGGAUUCACCUGGGUUCAAGGUGUUUGACCUGAAUAAGCUGUCAAGUGAAAGUAUGAAGAGGUUGCACGUCAAGUCCUAUCUUUACUCUUCAGCAAACCUGCCAAAUUCCUUAGUGUUUACCACGGACCGUGGAAAUGUUCAGGUCGCAAUAGAUAAGACGAUGUCUGCGAAUAUGGUGAAGAGUGGGCUGUUGAGACAGUUUACAGAGCGAUUUGGAAGUUCUUUCAACCCAACUGAGCUGGCUAACCGAUUUGAAAGCCUUAUGACUCACGACAAGCCGUUGAAGCAAAGGCCAUAUAGAAUCGAGCUCGAACACGAGUCCUUCUUCUUUGAUGCUCCAAACUAUCUCAAGACUUCUAAACCAGAAACACCAAACCAAGCUGAAUUCCAUAAAGCCUUAGAGAUAUCUCUACAUGUUCAGGAUGAAAAGUUAUGGAGGCAUUUUCAUGAACCAACGGUGAGAACUGGUGCACCUUCACACUACGAUGCGAGGUUCUUUAAUGGAUACGUUGGCUUGAAUGAAAGACGUCAAACUAUUCUAUCAAGGUUAUUGAAAACAUGGACAAAGUUAUGUGAAAAUGCAGACUUAAGAACUUGGAUUGCGCAUGGUGCCUUGUUGUCACAUAACAUCAAUGGAAUGACAUUCCCCUGGGAUGCUGACAUUGAUGUUCAAAUGCCAUUUGCAGAUUUGGCAAAAUUAGCUGAGCUGUACAAUGCUAGUGUCAUUGUCGAAGACCCAAAGACAGGUUAUGGUCGCUACUACUUGGAUAUCAACUACUCAAUCACACAUAGAUCAAAAGGUCACGGCUUGAACAAUAUUGAUGGAAGAUUCAUAGACAUAAGCUCGGGACUGUACAUUGACAUCACCGGGUUAGCAGUCGCUCCAAAGAAGACUCCAAAUAGAUUUGCAGAGCUGUACGGCACGGUUAACGUUGAUGAUAUUGAGCUGAUUAGUGAUCCGAAUAUCAUCAUAGACGGGUACUAUGAUACGUUCAACAGUGAGCAGAAACCGGGAGAUGAAGACUCUGGUCUUAAAGCCCUUGUUGCUGAGGCCGAACAUGGGCAAGAACAAGAGGAACUGGAGGAUGAGAUGCAACAACUAGAUAGAGGCCCACUGAGAAAAAGAGCACUGGGGAUGAUUUUAACCCCAGAUCAACGGUACUCUCUGAACUACCAUCUACAGUUAUACACGUGCAAGAACAAUCACUUUUACCGUUUGCGCGAGCUGAGUCCAUUAAGGCUAACUUACCACGAUAAAGUACCUGUAUAUGUUCCCAAGGACGUCGAAUCCGUUCUCAACAGCGAGUAUGAGAGACAGUUGAAGCUGUGCAUGAGCUAUGGUCCUUUCACGUACUUGGCGCAGUUGAGAAUGUGGACUUCAACAAGCUACCUCAGACGAACGCUUCACGAUCACAGGAAAUCCAAGGAUAAGAACCUUUUAACCCAGGAUGACAUCAUGGGGCUCUUGGACAACGAUAUGAUUCUCGAAAGCUUCAUACGGUCGUGGGAAGCUGGCCAGCUCCACGAGAUCGAAAGAAGCUUGAUCGAAAGCGAUAGGCCGGAUAAGGAACUAUGGCUUGAAAGUCUAAUAAUGAACAAGACUUUCAAGGAUGAGAUGGGGAGAGACCCGUUCUUAGCCUCCCUGAUCAAUCCUCACGUUGACAAGUCAAGCGGACUCGAGCAGAAACGACAGGAGAUGAAGGACAUCCUUCAGAGAGAAUACACCCAUACAGUUGACUUCGGUCAAGUGGAGCACAACUACAACGAGCUCAAGACCAUAAAGGACUACAUCAGGGACUUCCAGGACACCGGCUAUGAUGUUGAUAUCGAUACAAAGAUUGCCACUUUGGCAAAGCUCAGUGCCUCUUCCCGGUCCCACAGGAUGAGAUCAGCGCAUGAAAGGGAGCUGAGCAAGCUUCAGGCACAGAAGGCUAAACAAGACGCUGGAGCACCACUAUAGAAGCCCAAAUAAC